AUGGACUUCCCAGGUCAUUUCCAGCACAUUUUUCAGCAGCUGAACCACCAGCGUCUCCACUCCCAGCUAUGUGACUGUGUGGUGGUGGUGGGAAGCCAGAGCUUCCGGGCGCACCGCUCAAUCUUGGCAGCUUGCAGCUCUCACUUCAGGGCCCUUCUGAACUCCUCGGGGGCUGAUGAGGGUGGAGGAUCAGGAUUCGAUAGAGGUGGAGAUGGCGGCUGUGGCGUGAUGGAGCUGGAUCCAGAGGUAGUGACCCCUGAGGCCUUCUCAACCCUGCUUGAUAUGAUCUAUACCUCCACCCUCUCCCUGGGGGCCUCCAAUGUUAUGGACGUGCUGCUGGCUGCCUCACACCUACACCUGAACACUGUGGUCAAGGCCUGCAAGAUCUACUUGUCCAAGUGUAACUUCCCUACCUCACCUCCUAAAGGGUGGAGAUCGGUGCAACAACAGGCCCCAUCGCCCCCCACAGCAGUUAUGGUUGAGGUCCGCUCUAAACAACAAAUGUCAGUUUCACUUCAGCGCUUAGAGCUCAGCCUAGUCACCUCUGCCAUGGGAGCGCAGCUCCACGAUGGGGAAGCAGGAGCAGAAGUUAGCCAGUCUGGUGAGGUUGAAGAUCAAAGUGUGGAGAUGAGUGGCAUUAGCAGUGACUGGACUACAGCACUGACCAUGAGACGCAAACGUAAGUCAACCUCUCAUGCGGAGGGGAGCUGUCAUAAAAAGGGGACCUACGGGCUGCCCGAGGAGAACUAUGGGGAACUGUUUUCCACUGUGACCAGGAGCAGAUCCAAUAGAGAGGAGGGAGGAGCAGAACUCUCCUCGCCAGACUCCCUGAAGAUGGAUGAAGGCAUCCCCCUGGAGAGCAGAGGUGAGGAAGAAGAAGAGAUGAAAUAUGAGGCAGCAAAGGGAGAGGCUGAGGAGAUCCAGCUGCCAAGCCAAUCUGACAGCAGCAUUGGAGGCAGGCUGGAGGAAGAGGUAGAUGCAGAUGGAGAGAUGGUGGUGAAAGUGAAGGUGGGAGACGAUGGGGAUGAGGAAGGCGCUGAGCAAAAAACAACUGUUGAGGUGAAAAAGGAAAACCUGAGCUCAUCCUCUCCAGACUUGGACAGGGCACUCACUGACCCUGAAUCUCCCACAGAGGACAGCAGAGACAACCUAGUUGAUGCAUCACUGAGUGAUGAGAAAACAACCUCAGCCAGCCCCACAGAGGAGAACUGUUGCACUUUAAACCCCCAGUCAUGCACUGAUCCUCAAGCAGACACACAAAGACCUAGUAGUGAUGUGGUGGAGGAGUCAAUUGAUAGCGAGGGCCUGGAGAGCCUAUCAGACUUGGCCCUUUCCUGCUUCCUCAAUCCCAGCAGUGAAAGUGUCAUUGGUGCACUGGAGAUGGAAGACAGCCUAGCUACCCUGACUGUUAAUGCUACAACCAUCAACACUGACGCAACUGUUGGAGAACCAGGGGAACAAUGUCAAAGGUCAGACACAGCAAACACCUCUUCCACUUCUUCCUCCGAUUCUUCUCCCUCCUUUGUUUUUCCUGUAACCUCUGUUCCAUUUCAGCAGAUACAUGGUUUCAAUGACACACUCAUCCUCCAGCCUGCCCAGAGCUCUUUGGGGGGGUUCUUAAAAGGCAUCAGGCCAGGCAUCAGCGUACAAGCCUCGCUCAUCCAACCUUCCAUGGGUGCGAAGAGCAAAGGGAGCAGUGGCUCCGGGGCAUCUGCCUUCCGUCGCAUUGCCCCUAAAGUGAUGCCGUGCUCAGAGGCCUGUACAGAUCCCGACCUUUCCUCUUCCAGUGGAUCGGCAGGAGAUGCUGCUGAUCGCCCACCCCUGACCAGAGCUUCAGACGACGUUCUGUCCAAAUGUAAGAAGGCAGCAGCUGAGGACCACGUUCUGUUAGUGGAGGGGGAAAAGAAAUAUGCCUGCAGGAUCUGCUGUAAGACCUUCAUGAAUCUGACAGACUGUAAGAAGCAUAUUCGUGUCCACACAGGGGAGAAGCCAUACCCCUGCCCCAAGUGUGGCAAACGCUUCAGCCAGUCUUCUCACCUUUACAAACACUCUAAGAACACCUGUCUGCACUGGAAAGGCAAUCACCAACCCUUUCCGGAUGCACUGCUCUGAACUGUGCUCCUCUGAAUGGUGCUCACUUAACCUCAAUCAACUGACAGGAAUAUGGAUUUAUUUUUUUUAAGUGCUCUGUGAAUGAAGCUUACAAAUACAAUUGCUUCUCUGUGGAUUCUUGAUUUUAAGUAAUUUAGAGUAGAAAUUUUUCCAUCAACGGUGAUUAUUUUUCAUGUCCGCCCUACAUUGCUGUGACAUGUCAGAUGACGACUGUUAGAUGAAAUUAAAAUUUGUUGCCAUGGAUCAAAUGUAGCCAAGCUAAAAUUAACGAAUUGGAAAAUGUUCUCUGAGAGAAUAAUCUUGUUUACAUCAAUGCACCUUAAAAAGGUUAUAAAU